AUGCUUGUCGUUGUUGUUGAGACGGAUUUUCGUCAACCCCCCCUAACAGCAUCCCUACUCACCACACCCUCCUCCAGAACGAUGUCUCCGGACACUGUCGUCUCGGAUGCUGCCACCUCCAUUGCUAUGCGAGAAGUGUCGGGAGCUUCAGGCAAUCCCCGACAAUCCCCCUUCGAAUCCGCGGACAAUCUCGGCGAUAGUACCUUCAUUAAUGGUUCGACCACCUCGACCAACGGUUUGCUGCUGCAUCCCUGGAAUGGUACCAUCCCGGACCUUUCCAGGUCACCCUCGGUAGGCGAUACGUUUGUGUCUGCGGCAGCCUCAUCCGAUCUGCCUUAUCCUUCCUCAUUCUCCGACGACAGUACGGAUGAUUCGGAAUCCGGUCCGGAUGAGGAAGUGGUAUACGACGUACCGGAGCAAAGGAUUCCUCCCUUUGCGUACAUAACUACCGCCACCAUUACGCUCAGUGGCGCCAAUAAUAAUUCGAUCGAUCCGGCAGAUGUAACAGGAUCGCGUCGAGUUCCACCGACAGCUGACGGGGCCUCCAAUCGAUUCGGUUCAACCGGUCCCGUACUGGCAAGUGAAAGCACACCAGAUACGCUUCUACAGCAGGGAGGAGCACUUUCACCAGGUCAAGGCCCAUCUUCGUCAUCAGCAACGACGUCUGUUUCGGUGUCGCUCGGUUCCGGUGCCGAUGAAUCAUCCGAGCGGGAGCUAAACGAAUCCCAUGUCAGUGUAAAGAUAGUCCCGGAGAAAAAAGGAAUCUUUCUAAAGCAUUCCGAGUAUGAGAUCAAGCUAAAAGGCGUCGAAAAAACGGUACGGCGGCGGUAUAAAGAUUUCGUCACACUCCAUCGGUAUCUGGCGGAGAAGUAUCCAUAUCGACUACUUCCAGCCCUUCCGCCAAAGCAAUUGAUGCUAGACUCACUACUCGAGGAACGCCGCCGAGGGCUUCAGACAUGGCUUAUCAUCGUUUCGCUUCAUCCCGUACUGGGAAGCUCACCGAUCGUCGGUACCUUUCUGCGCGAUACCACCACCGACCAUCAGUACCGGUUGCGUGUGGCGUACGAGAAGCAGAUGGACGAGCUGGUCCGAUUACGACCCGAUGCAACCCUACCCGAGGUGGAUGUCGACACGCUUGCUGAAUCGCGAACACGUUUGUGCCGCGUUCAGCAUAGCAUUGGACGGUUGAAGCAACUGUUCGAUCGACGGUUGUGUCACUCCCGGUGUCAACCAGCGGAAUGUGCCGAAAUUGAGGGUAUUUUGCAGAGUUGUGAUUUGCGGGAAGUAUUUAACGCGGAUGGAACGCUCGAGGAUAUGUCGACGGGUGAGCAGCUUGUUGCGAAACAGUAUGAGCGCUAUGUGCUGGUACAGCAACGUGCCGUCACGGAGCGGUUGGAUGUGUUGCUGGAGGUGUUGCAUGCUCAUAGCGAGCUGUGUGAACGGAUUGAAAAAACCAUAAUGUCGGAUCAGCAGCGAGCUUUGGCAAAGUCUGCAGGAGGAGUAGUCGGUAGUUCUAGCAGUGUUCGUACCAAAUCCAAAGCCCCUAACAUUCAUCAAAGCACUACUACUCCGCAAAUCGAGGCUUCCGACUUCAAACACCUGGCUCGUCGUUCCGCAUUCGCUUUUAGCUGUGCCCAGGCCGAAACACUGCUAGCGGAACGAUAUCUACAAUCUUUACCUUCGAUACUACUUUCAUACGCACACGAGGAGCAACAGCACCAUCAGAAGAUGUCGAAGAUAUGGCAUCGGUUAGUGGUUAGCGAGUCUAGCCGGCUCGACUAA